AUGGCUACUGCGACAUCAGAUGCUGUCGGGGCCAACCCCUUGGAUGCCUAUACGACCUUUUUGUUUGAACAAUUAUUCAAUCCUCCUAACGGGAACGCACAGGAGGAGGUCCAAAAAACAUUCCAGAAACGAACGGCGCCGGACGGAACAAUAACAGGAGUCCUCUCGUUCCGAGAGGAGAAGACGGGGGCUAUCAAACUGCUCCCUUCGUACGAAGUAGCCAUAUUCUGCGACGAGACACGACUUGAGAAGGUCGACUGGAGUACCGAAUUAUACGACAGCGUGAUAGAAGACUUGCACAAUAUGAAUAACGACUGCAAUAACGCCUUCAUGUACACGGACACAUUCGAGAACAAGCCAGACGUAAUCCAGAUGUGUCCUUGGUUCCUCCAAUAUGUGAGAGCCAAGAAAUACCACACGACCCAGGAUCUAACCUCGACCCGCGCUAAGCUCGCCGUGGCAGGCCUCGACAAGCUGAUCACCAAGAUGCUCUACAGGCCAAUUGACCUACUGACUCUCUGGGACAAAUGCAUGCUCCAUGAGAUGAUGCACACCAAAGCGGGUGGAUUAAAGGAUGACGUGAACGGAUUUAGCGGUUACGGAUGGAAAAACUGCAAGAAGAUUUCCACAGAGGCUGACAAGUGCUUCGAUAACGCCGACUCCUUUGCGAUCUUGGGUAGUGCCCUGUAUUGGAAAACCCAGGGUAGGGAGAUUGAUGACAACGGCAAGUUCACCAGCCCUCCAACUGGUCAAACAAGGAACAUAGGUUUCGUGGGUUCAGGGGCUGGGCGGGGUUCAGAUACUAUGAAGAAUGAUGCGGCAAAACGGUUCAUGUAA